GAAUUUUUUUCUGAAGUGAUAAAAUAAAACAAUGAAAUAACACAUAAAUUAAUGAAAUAAAAGCUAUGGUUUUCUUUUAAAUAAAUGUGAAAUGGAAUAACUCAUUUAAUUUUUUACAUUCUGUCGUAAUGCUGUAGGGUACGAUGUCUUCUUUUCGUCAAAAAGUAGUUAGUUUUAUCCGGCAAUUAUCAACUUCAUCUCUUCACGAAGAUAAUGCAUCUGAAAACUUCAUUCAGAAUUACCUCAAAGGUAAAGAAAUCCACCGACACGAACCAGACAUUCUUCAUGGAAGAUCUCCUCAAGAACUACCACCUCGAACCAUAGGAGAUUUUUCGUAUCCAGUUUUGAAUUGCAUGACCGGUCCAGAUGGAGGAUUGACCACGGUUAACAAGCAAGAGAAGCACGUGUCAGCGAGCGACCCUGAUAUACAUUUCAUCGACGAUCAGACUGACAAUGCUAGCGUCGUUCAAGACAUAAAUUCCAACGUUUCCUGCGCAUCAUCAGCUACAACAAACUGCCUGUCUAAAAAUUUUGUUCCUCUGCAAAAAUCGGAAAGUGCUCCUGUUUGUCAAGAUGCUCAAAACGAGCCGACGCAGCAACCCGAAAACGCUGAUUCGGAAGUGGAAAUUGCGGGAGUUGUUCAUUGGAAUAGACCACAUAAUCGAGCCUACGGAGCAUCUACUACUCUAUACGAACUGCACCCAGUAACCAGAGUAAACGCUGGAGAACCGAUCGCCGAUUGUUUUGCCAUCGUAGCUCGUAAAGAUUCGGCCAUCUUGGUACUAGCUGAUGGCGUGAAUUGGGGACAGAAAGCUUGCAUAGCUGCCAGAGCCGCCGUACACGGAUGCGUUGAUUAUCUAAACAAGUCGAUAUUUUCUCUAAUCAUGAAAGAAACAUUUACCACCACGGAAAUUUUUCGAUCGUUAUUAAGGUCGUUUAAUUCGGCUCAUAAUUUAAUUCUACAAGAAGAAGGCAUGCUUACUACUCUAACAGCUGUAGUCGUUUUACCUCUGCCUAUCCCCGGAAAGUACAUCGCGUGUUGUUGUAACGUAGGUGAUAGUUUAGCCUAUGUUUAUAAUCCUCGUUACGGUGUUCGUGAAUUGACCCAAGGUUCUCACGACGUGUACACGAUGCGCGAUAUGCGUGAUGCAUUAGGUGCGUUAGGACCUGUCGACGGUCAGAAUCCCGAAUUGACCAAUCUAACGUUAGCUAUGACUGAAGUAGAACCGGAUGAUUUGGUUUUCGUUACAUCGGACGGUGUAUCUGAUAAUUUAGAUCCAGUUAUUGGAAAAUUCGCCGGAUUACCCACUGUCGAAGCAUUCCAACGCCAUAAGCUCACAUUACUAAGAACCGAAGACUUAUUACGAAAUGGCGUUUCUGGUAAAGGUUCGCCGGUCAAGAAUGCCAAAGAAUUGGUCGUCAAUUUAUUAGAUUUCGUAACCAGACUAACGGCAGCUAAACGACAUAUCCUCGAAGAUGUCGACUUAUACGUUAGCAGCGAAGGCAAAGAUUUGAGUCGUAAUGAACAAAGAAGUCGUCGUAAAGAAAUCAGCGGAAAAUUAUGCUUAGUACCUGGUAAACUAGAUCACGCUACCGUCGUAGCAUAUUCCGUCGGACAAAUGGAUUAAUUCAUCGAGAGUAUUUCGCUGCAUAAUUCGUACAGGUCUUUCAUACAAUCGGUUAUUUGCACUUUUCCAGAGUGAAAUGUUGUAAUAAUGAGAAGUGUAAAUAUUUACUCUUGAAUUCUAUAUCUUUAUGGGUGAAAUAUUCCGCAGAAUCUGUCAUGAGUUUGUUUUCGUUAUCGUUGUUUAACCCUGUAGAGUUGUUGGGUGAGCUCAAAGUAGGUGAAAGUUUCUUCUUUAUACUCAGGGUAGUCUAGCUUCCUCGAUCUUCCAGAUAGUUUUCAACGUUGAACGACGACGAAAGCAAAAAAUCCUAUCAAUUUAUGUCAGCAUUCUGUAGAAUGUAUCGCAAUUUUAAGAAAUAAUUUAUCACUUUUCAACUUUUUCCAACACGAAUUAAAAAUUGACUUCGUUUUUAAUUUUUUUUUUUUUGGCUUCUGAUUUUUUUACUGCUUUAAUCGAACAGUCUUACUUGUGUAAGUACAUAUCUCCAAUAUCCUGACAUUUAUUUAAGGGCAUUCCAAUAUCUAUGUGUUUGUGUGUGUUUUGAGUAUUCUUUUGUGUGACGUCUCCUAGAUUCAUAAAUUCUACAUUCAAACAGGAUCUCUUUUUUUUUUAUGUUCUACAACAAUCCUUUCUUUUUUUUUAUUAUUCGUAAAUAGUUUCGUGUCUUUCUUAAAAAUAAUUUCGUUGCAUUUAGUAUUCCUUUUGUGAUAAAACAAUGUUCGGAUUUCCGUUUUAAUUUGGAUACUAAAACUUUUGCUAUUUUGAGGCAGAUGUAUUCGCAUUAUUUUGUUAUGUGUUUAAUUUAGUUUUUUUUUUCGCAUAAUGUUAGGUUAUUUUAUUAUUUUGUGAAAUUAAUCACAAGUGUGUUUGUGUGUGUGUACCUGUUCGUGAGUAAAACUAUACCUCUGCUAAAUUAUUUCUCGAAUUCCUCGUCUCUAGAUUUCUAUCCACGUGUAUUUUCCGUCCUAGUUUUUGUACUAAGCUGUAAUUUGCUUUAAGAACAGUGCUAAAUUAUCGAGCUUGUGUAGACCUCAUAUAUAUAUAUGAGAUGUGAUUAUUUUAAUAGGACAAAGUAUCAGUCUAAUAACAUUAUGUUACGACCAUUUGAAAAAAAUAUGUAAUAUUUUAUGAGCUUUUGUAAUAACCAACCACUACCGAUGUAUGUUUUAAUUUUUUUUUUCUUUAUACCUAUGUUCGAAUUUCUUCUAUUGAUAAUAUUGUAAGUUAAUGAGAUGUUUUAUAAAAUAUUUAACGUAUAUGAACCAGAUCAGUGCAAUAUGUAGAGUGGUUAAAAUUUUGGAUAAGUAUGUGAUAUAUAAGUGUGUGCCUUUUAUAUGUAUUUGUUAAGGCUUUACAGCCUAAAAAACGUAUCUUACUUCGUCUUGUAUAAUAUUGAUGUACUGAAAAAUAUAUCAAUAAUAUCGAGAUUUUUCGUCUU